AUGACUGGUCGCGGUGGUGGCGGUGGUCGCCGAGUUCUCGUUCCUCCGAUCAACUUUAUCUUCAAGCUUCUUCAAUCACACGCUACAGUCAGUGUCUGGCUGUACGAGCAGCUCUCUAUCCGAAUUGAGGGCAAGAUCAGGGGCUUUGAUGAGUUCAUGAACUUGGUCAUCGACGAUGCUGUGGAGGUUAAGCAAGUUACCAAGACCAACGAGAAGGAGUCUCGGAGACCCCUGGGCCAAAUCUUGUUGAAGGGAGACAAUGUGUCAUUAAUCCAAAGCAUGAGCUGA